AACUGGAUUUGUAUCUUUUAUUUGUACGAAUUUAAGCAAUCAAAUUUUUUGCACACAUUUCUGCGUUGAUUUGAACAUUUUUGUGCAUUCAUUUGUAGAAAAUCAUGCACUUUGGCGUACAAAUUUGUAUGAAACGAACGUUUGCACAAAAAAGUACAAAUGCAUUUAGUGUUUAUAGGAAGAUUCCUGAGAUGUUCAGACUUUAUGACAUAUCACAUCCACACGGUGAAAAAGAUUAUUGUAUUUCAAGACCCAGUCUUGGACCUUAUGGAGAAUGCCAAUGGCAUCCACGACCAGGUCUUUAAAUACAAGAAACUUUUUUUACCGUGCACAGAAAAGUCAGAAAUCGUUCAUUUUGGCGUAAAAAAAUGUCUGAAAGGAAACGUAGUUUUAACUUAUGCAGAAAUUUGCACAGAAAUAUACUAAUACACUUAAGGUGUAGAGAAAAAGCAUGACUUUUGGAUUGGAUCCCCAAAGGUAACAGAGUUGUUGCCCGCCCCUCGAAAAUUGACUACUAAUCAACAAAUGGUAUCAGGGCAACUCACCCCAGCCGUUUUCGUACCUACGACAGCUCGACCCUUGUCCUAACAAAGUUUCACACAGUGAUCAUUUGUGCCCAGAUUUUUGGCACGCAAAUUAAAUGCUUAUACUUUUAGCAGAUGCGAUACCUUAAAAACCCUUUGACUAAACAAAGAAUAUUUAAGUCAUAUGAUGACAUUAUUAGAAAUUUGGGAGGUAUUUUCAAGACACUUACAACACAUUUUCUUCACAAAUAACAUUUAAACAUUUACAGUUUUGUUUAGCCUGCACCCCACCAACAAAUAUUAACAUUCUUACGCGUUUUUGUUAGAGGGUUGCAUUACCAAAAUUUGUUCAGGAAAACUGCGAAGAAGUGUCCUAGCAACAUAAGAAACGUUGAGAAUACUAAUUUAAAAAAAAAUUGAACAAAAUUAAAAGUUGCUAAAUGUCUAAUCUGAUUGGGCAACUAUGCCCUCCCGCUCACAAUGUCAAAACACUUUUUGGACGCCCCAGUCUAACGUCCGGUAGCCCUAUUUUAUGAUAGUCGAUAUUGAUGCCCGGGUUAUACUCGGAUUGUAAUCCUCGGCUGUGUAGAAUUUCGAAUGAGUCGAUACUGCGUGUUCGCUUCAAUAAAUCGAGGGUGAAUACCUGGGCGCGGACCCGCCGGACGCGUCCAGUGUGGCGGCACCCUAAUAUGUGGGUCUGCCCUGCCUCUAUGAUGACCACCCCGCCACGCGGUACAUAUUGACGAGACGCUCGUAUCCGUCCCGGAGGACACGCCGGGCUCGGGCCGCGUCGCACGCACACAACCCCACCACCUUCACCCUCAUCGAGGCGGUCACGGACGACGGGCCUCCGCCGAGCUCCGGGUCAGUCGGCUGGUAUACCAGUCCAGGGAAGGCACGCCUGGGCGGACCAAAGGCGCCGUACUGGAGACAGGUGCGUCAGCAGAGCCUGCGCUCAGCCAACACUUUCAGUUCACUAAUAUGUUUCCUUGUACAGCUUCUUUCAGCGCAUCAUGGCGUGCCCUGCCUUCGCAACGCUCCCGAACGGGGCGCAGAUGCCUCUGCUUGGCUACGGGACAUGGCAGGCAAGUCCAUGCACCCAGAGAACCGUUUGGUCCAGGCGACCAGAUUAAGAACCGACGAGAUUUCGGCUAGUGAACUAGAUUUUAAAUUUAGUAAAAUUACCUUAGGUUUGAUAGACGCGACCAAAUGUAGUUAAAAAUUAAGGUACCAAAAUCGUAGUUAGUUUGCUUCCUACGACCCUGAUCUGGUUGAAUCAAUAAAAUAGUUCUCUGGAUGUGAGUUUAGCACGUUUUGUUCUACUGUCGUCACAACAGAGUGCUUCAGUGUUGGAUUUCCAAAGGACAUGGGGGGUUCAAUGUAACAAAAGGGUAAAAUCCCUCAAAACAACAAGCAUAGUAUGAUUACUGUGACAGGCAGCAGCCGAGGAGCUCGAGGCCGCCGUCGACGCCGCGCUCCGGUGCGGCUAUCGCCACAUCGACACGGCGGCCUUUUACGUGAACGAGGCGAGCAUCGGGAAGGUGAUCCAGGAGAUGUGGAUCGAGACCGGCAAGGUUACGCGCGAGGAGCUCUUCCUGGUGACCAAGCUGCCGCCGGCGCGCAUGCGGGCCGCCUCCGUCCGGCCCACGCUCGACAAGUGCCUGCGCGAGCUGCGCACCGACUACGUGGACCUGUUCCUCGUGCACACCCCCUUCGGCCUGCACGAGCGCGGGGACGAGCUGCUGCCCAGGGGAGAGGACGGCAACGCCUGGCUCGACCUCGAGACGGACCACGUGGCCAUCUGGAAGGCCAUGGAGGAGGAGGUAGAUGCUGGGCGCGCCAAAGCUAUUGGAGUUUCAAACUUCAACCAACGCCAAAUCCAACGCAUACUUGAUAACUGCCGCAUUAAGCCAGCUAACCUUCAGGUGGAGCUUCACGUCUACAUGCAGCAGCGCCCACUUGUCGAGUUCUGCCAGGAAAAUGGGAUAACCGUGACGGCCUACUCGCCUCUGGGCAGCCCAGGUUCAGAAAGGAUCUAUAACUCCGUGGGAAUGGAUGUUACAUUUCCAGAUUUAAUUGCAAACCCUGUCGUGGUGGAGAUAGCCAGUAGGCUUAAUAAGACCACAGCCCAAGUGCUUUUGCGACACAUUGUACAGAGAGGAAUCGUUGCGAUUCCCAAAAGUACAAAUGAAGAACGCAUUGCUCAGAACAUUCAGUUGUUCGAUUUUGAACUGAGCGCAGAAGACAUGGCCAAAUUGGACGCCCUGGAUCGUGGUGAAGACGGUCGCAUCAUCGACAUGAAAUUUGUUUUAGGGGUCGAAAAUCAUCCUGAGUACGCGUGGUGAGAAAAACGGCAACCGAUCAUACAAGACAAAGAUUUGAAGCAAAAAGAACACCAAUUCAAAUGCAGCAAAAUUUGUAGUGUCUUCUUUUCAUUUUUUGUGUAGUGAGCCAAAAUGCAAAUAAAUUUUUGAAACUUCAGCA